AUCAAACCCAUGAACCCCUUUUCCCACCCAAAAGUCAUCCCUGUCACUGCUUCAAGAUAGAACUCGUGACCCCCUUUGCCCCAUCUCCCCGCCCGUGUUCCCAGAUUCUUCGACUAGGUAGAGACACAAGAUAGAACCCACCAACAUUUGCAUACAAAGCCAACCAUCGCUGAGUUGUUCCUCUCACAUUGGGCAUUAGGGAUUGGUAUCGGCGCUUGGGUAUGAAUUGGGGGCCGCCGCAAGAACCCACCCAGCGAGAUGAUGAAGAAGCCGACUCGAUGGACAUGGAAAUUGAGGAGACUAGAAAAGUGGCGGCGGCGGUACGGAUGGUGGCGUCAGCGGGACGGUAGAGAUUCCUCCUCUGCAUCCUCUCGUCUUGACCUGCAAACCCUCGACGUCGUUGACUUGGCUGAGAAUGAUGAUGCAAGUGGCGUCGGAGUGUGGGGUGAAUCCCAGCACUAGCUCCGGUUGCAAGCAAGGAGAGUAUUAUAUGAUCUCCACCAACACAACCCAUCAUUCAUCGCAAUCUCGUUUCCUUCAUCUCAUGUGCCUCUUCUUUCGCCCCGAGGAAGAAAGCAGAGCUGUUGAUUGACUCAAUUUUUAGGUCAGACGAGUCAAAAAAGAAGGUUAGGUUAUGGUUUGGGCUUCGGUUAGGAUUUUUGAACGAGCGUGUAGGGGGUUUUAUUUUAUGAUGAUGUGGCAGGUUAAAUUCGGCUGAUUAGGCACUUCUAUGAGCCACGUCACCAAAAUAUUGACGGUGUUAACGGAGGCUGACGGAGACUAACGGAGAGUGACGAAAUGUGUAAUGUUUAACCACUUUCAGUGACUACGAAUGGAAUAAAAUACUUUUAGUGACCAAA